UCCUUAUCAAUUCUGAAGGGAAGUUCCUGAAGAUGAAGACUUUAUCAAGCUUAUUGAUUGUUUUAAUCGUAAAUGUUUUGCUAAUUGAAGCAGAAUACACCUUGCCUAAAAAGGCUCGCUGUCCAGACAGAAAAUAUUGGAACGAACGCAAGCAAUCAUGUGUUUGCAAAAGAGAAAACAGAUGUUAUCCAAUCGGUGCCUUUUUUGAUCCUGAAUCAUGUACAUUCUCAAUGUGUCAAUCGAAAGUCUGCAAUGCAAAACAAAUCUUUUGUCAAGAUAAAUGUGGUUGCGUUUGCAGAAAUGAACAACCAAAGGAAGGAUGUGGAGCUGGACAGUAUUGGUGUAACCAAGAUUGUGCAUGCAAAUGCUCAGCUCCAAUGCCAGCUGGCGGUUGUCCAGGAUCACAAGUAUGGUGCGAUAAAAGAUGUGCAUGUGUUUGUCCAAAUGCUGGUAGUGCUGAUAAAUGCAGUGCACCUCAAAUAUGGAACAAAGAGUCAUGCAGUUGUGGUUGCCCAGUUGAUAUGCAGGAACCUUCUAACGGAUGUGCCAAACCAUUAAUUUGGGACAAAGUUGAUUGCAGAUGUGAAUGUCCACAUAAAAAAGAAUGCGGCAAAAAUAUGGAUUGGUCCGAUAGCUCAUGUUCAUGUGAAUGUAAGGCUGAUGGACAGUGUCAGGGUCCAAAGACAUGGUGUAAAAAUAACUGCCGCUGUAUUUGUCCAACUGCUGAGCCAACUGGUGGUUGUGCAGCUCCAUUGAGAUGGGAUGAUGACUCAUGCUCAUGUGCUUGCCCAGCCAAUAUGGAAAAAAAGAAGGAAAAAUGUACCGAAAGUGGAAAAAUCUGGAAUCCAAACACUUGUGAAUGCGGUUGUGCUAAAUUGGAUUGCCCAGCAGGAAAGGAAGCAAAUAAAGAAACUUGUGAAUGUAAUUGCAAAAAUGAAUUAAAAUGUGAAGGCGGACAAGUUUUCUGCAAGGAUAGCUGCUCAUGUGUAUGCCCUGGUAGUGACAAAGACAAAGCUUGCACAGCUCCACAAUUCUAUGAUGUUCAAUCUUGUUCAUGCCAAUGCCCAGUCAACAUGCAAAAACCAUCAGGUGGAUGCCCCAAACCACAAAAUUGGGAUAAAGAUAAUUGCAUUUGCGAAUGUCCAGUUAAACAUGAGUGCAAAAAUGGCAAAGUUUGGGAUUCAACACAAUGUCAAUGUAUCUGUCCAACUGAUGCUCCACCAUGUGCUAAUGGAAAGGAAAGAUGUGACGAAACAUGUGAAUGUGGAUGCAUUAAUCGUGAACCUAAAGGAGGAUGUGAUAAGCCAUUAGUUUGGGACAACAAUCAAUGCAAAUGUACAUGCCCAGUUGAUAUGCAAAUGCCUGUUGGAGGAUGUGGAACUGGAAAAUCAUUUAACGAAUUUACUUGCAAAUGCGAAUGUGAAGCAUCAGCAUCUAAAUGUGGACUUAAAAGAUGGAGCACAGACACAUGCCAAUGUGAAUGUCCAAAACCUAUGCCAACUGAAGGAUGUGGUCCACAAUCAUGGAAUGGUGAAAGUUGCAAGUGUGAAUGUCCAUCAUCAAUUACAUGCUCUUCUCCACAAAUAAUUGAUAAAGAUACAUGCGAAUGUAAAUGUCCUAAAAACAUGUUGGCUGAUAAAGAAAAGUGCACCGCACCAAGACAAUGGAUCGAUUCAUCAUGCUCAUGCAAAUGUCCAACAACACCAGCUGUAUGCGAAGGAAAUCAGAAAUGGUGCGAUGAAUCUUGUCAAUGUACUUGCCCAGGUGGAAAGAAGGAAUGCGGAGACAAUAAAUACUUUGAUGAAUCAUCAUGCGAAUGCAAGUGCAAGAGUAAUCCAACCUGUAGUGAUCCACAGAUUUGGGAUGCUGAUGACUGCUCAUGCAAGUGUCCUAAAGAUAAGAAAAUGCCAAAGGGUGGAUGUCUUAAUGGUCAAGAAUGGAACAAGCUUGCUUGCUCAUGUGGAUGCCCAGAACCACGUCCAGUUUGUACAGAUGAACAGACUUAUAAUAACAAUACAUGCAAAUGCGGAUGUGGCAUUGAUAAGCCAUCAUGUCCAAAGCAACAAACUUAUAACUGGAAUAAAUGUCAAUGCGGUUGUCCUGAAGAAAUGAAAAAACCUGCAGGUGGAUGCGGAGCUAAGACAUGGUUAGAAGAAGAUUGUCAAUGUAAUUGUGUACCUGGAAAACCAGCCGGUGGAUGUCUUGGAGCACAAAAAUGGUGUGAUGAUGAGUGCAUUUGUAAAUGUUCAAACUCAGAGCCAGCUAAAGGUUGUGGAAAUAAACAAUGGAGUGAUGUUUCCUGUGACUGUGAAUGUCCAACAAAGAAAACUUGCGCUGAUCCACAAGUAUGGGAUGCUAAUACUUGCGAAUGUAUCUGCUUAAAUGCACCAAAAUGCAAGUCACCUCAAGUUUUGAACAGUCAAUCUUGUACUUGUGGCUGUCCAGUCGUAAUGUCUUGCUCAGGAAAACAAGAAUUCGACGAACGUACUUGUAGCUGCAAAUGCCCAAAUAAGAAACAAUGCAAAGGACCAAAACAAUGGAGUGAUGAGCUUUGUGAUUGUGUUUGUCCAAAUGCUGCCUCAAUGCCAGCAUGUUUAAGUCCAAAACAAUGGAACUCGGCAACAUGCACAUGUGAUUGUAACCCAUCUAAACCAGAUUGCUGUCCAGGAACUCAAUCAUGGAGUGAAGACAAGUGCGAAUGUGGAUGCGCCAAUGAACAAACAGUAUGCCCUGGUGGACAGCAAUACAACAAUUUCACUUGCUCAUGUGGAUGUCCAUUUGGAAAACCUAAGAAAUGCCCUGGAAAAACUGAAUGGUCCGAUAUUACAUGUACUUGUGGCUGUGGAGAUGUUAGCAGAGACUGUGGCAAUGUGAAGGAAUUCAACGAUAACUUAUGUCAAUGUCAAUGUAAAAACAAAGACGAGAUGCAAAAUUGUAAGUGUCCUAAAGCAUGGAGCCAUGAUACAUGCAAGUGUGGAUGUAAAAACGCUGAUGAUGCUGAUGACUGCGUAGCACCACAAAUAUGGUUGGAAAAUCAAUGUAAAUGCGGAUGCCCAGCAAGCAAACAAAUGACAUGUGCCGAAAACAAGAGAUUCGAUGAAGCAACAUGCAGCUGCGUUUGUAAAUCACCAAUGCCAUCUGUAAUUCCCGAAGGCAAAAAAUGGAACAAUGAAACGUGUGCCAUUGAAUGUGCAAAUGUUGGAAACUGCAAAGCUCCUCAAAGAUGGUGCGAUAAUAUUUGUAAAUGCACAUGCCCUCAAGUCAAUACAAACUGCCCUGCUAAGCAGACAUUCAUUGAAUCAGAAUGUGAAUGUGGAUGUGAAACUAGACCUAAAUGUCUUGACGGAUUUAGAUUCAGCAAUUUAGAAUGUGGAUGUGUUUGUGACGAAAAGAAAUGCCAAGGAAAACAAAUCUUCGAUAAGAAUACAUGCAAAUGUAAAUGUCCUAAUGAGAAACCUGGUGAUUCUUGCGGAAAAGGAAAAGACUUCUGUCCAGUUGAUUGUAGCUGUAAAUGUAAGAGCCCUAAGCCUGCUAACGGAUGUCCAGGUGUUCAAGAAUGGAAUGAAGACAAAUGCAAAUGUGAAUGUCCAAAAGAUAAAUCUAAGACAACAUGUGAAGGUGGUCAGAAAUGGAACGAUAAUCAAUGUCAAUGUGGAUGUCCAACUCCAGCUCCAACUUGCUCAGCUUCUCAAAAAUACUCUAAUGUAACAUGUAGUUGUGGAUGCAAUCCAGGUAUGCCAGCAAAGGGAUGUCCAGGCAAUCAAGUAUGGUGUGAAAAUAGCUGUCAAUGUGUUUGUCCAAAGAAUAUGGAGAAACCUGCAGAUAACUGUGGAAAUAAAUGGUGGAACGACAAGGCGUGCGAAUGCGAGUGCAAGCCAGGAUGUCCUGAAACAGGAUGCAAGGGUGUUCAAAAGUGGAAUAAAAAUACUUGUGCCUGCGAAUGUCCACCUGGCAAGGCUACUCCUGCAAGUUGCGGAGAUAAAAAAUCAUGGAAUCCUGACAGUUGUUCAUGUCAAUGUAAAUCAAAAAUGCCUGGCGGUGGAUGUCCAUCCAAUCAACAAUGGAACUGUGAAACCUGUAAAUGUGAAUGUUCUGGUACACAAACAUGUCCAGCAGGACAGUCAUGGGAUUCUCAAACAUGUCAAUGCAGUUGUCCAGCUACUGGAAAAUGUACUGGUGCUCAAUUUUGGUGUGCUAAACAAUGCAAAUGCGUAUGUCCAGUUCAAGAGAAUUGUAAAUCACCUAAGGUAUUUGAUCAAACCUCAUGCAGUUGUCAAUGUCCAAAGAAUAUGCAGCCACCUAAAGGUGGAUGUACUGCUGGUCGUACAUGGGAUGAUGCUACAUGUACAGAAAAAUGUGCAACUGUUCCAAAUUGUGAAUCUCCAAUGGUAUUUGACCAAGCAACUUGUGGAUGCAAGUGUGGAAAUAAGCCAAAUAAACUUCCAGCUGACAAAGUUUGGUGCGAUAAGAAGUGCCAAGCUGUUUGCAGUCUCCCACCAAUUACUCAAUGCCCAUAUAGUGGACAAACUUAUAAUCCAAACACAUGUAAAUGCGGCUGUCCAAAUGAAAUGAAAUGUCCAAGUGGAGAACUCUUCAGUCCUAAGACUGGCUGUAAAUGCAUUCCAAUUUGUAAAACGAAAGAUCCCGGAUGCGGUGAAGGAAAGGUCUUCUGUCAAGAAAUUUGUAAAUGCGAAUGUGCAACAGAACCACCAAGAUUAGGCUGUGGAGAUAAUAGAUAUUGGGAUAAGGAAUCAUGCUCAUGCAAAUGUUUGACCACUAAAACAUGUAACGACAAUGAUUAUUCAUACUUCUCAUCUGAUACAUGCGACUGUGAAUGCAGCAAUAAUUACGGACCAAUUAAUUGCUAUAAGAAAUUGAACAAGGCUUCAUGUAUGGUUCAGUGUAUUGAACGACAACCAUCAGAGGGAUGUGCUGCUAAGUUUGGAAAAUACUUCAGUUGGGAUGCUGAAACAUGUCAGUGCAAGUGCAACAAACAAACAACAAGCGUCAAAUCAAGAGUUUUUGAUAUGGAAACAUGCAGCUUCAAAUGCACAAACGAACCAAAGAACUUAAGAUGUCCAACAGGACAAAAUUGGGUUACUGAUGAGUGUGCAUGCAAAGUUUGUACAACAUGUAAUCAUGCUUAAAAAAAUCACUUAAAAAUUUGAUGAAUUUUUUAUUGUAAAAUUUUGUUUAACUUUUUGUAAAUUUCAAUUGUUUUUUUUUGUUAUUUAUCGGAAUAAUUUGAAUUAUUUUAAACUUCUUAAAAUUUGAAGAUUGAAAAAUUUAAUUUUGUUUAUAUAAUUUAUAUAUUUUUUAAUAUCUUUUUUAAAAUUUUUUGAUUCAAACUUUUUUAAAAAAAUCAAUUAAUUUUUUUUUAAUUUCAAAAGAUUCUUGAAUUUUGAAUAUUUAUGAUUUUAGUUUAACUUUAGAACUA